AUGGCGAAUACAAAUACAACCAACUUCAUCGGCUCCACCACUCCACGGCGUUCGUCCUACUUCUCCGCCUGUAUGUCGCCGUCGUGCGUUCCCGUCGACGAACAAUACACCCGAAUCAAAAGCACCAGAAGCGAGAAUCAUCAUCAUCAUCAUCACCAAAGACGGAAGUUGAAGAAGCUGAUGAACAAGGUAGUUGAAGAAAGCAAGAAGAGCAUAUACGGAUCUUCUAAACCUUUGGUAUUCCACUACGAUGCUGUUAGUUACUCACAGAAUUUUGAUGAAGGCAAUCAUGGUGAUGAUUUUUAUAUGUACAGACUUCGAAUCGCGCAAGUGUUAGGAGAAUGCUCGUAA